CUAUAAAACAAUAAUUUAUGUUGGCAGCAUUUAUUACGCGGCAAAUAAGUUAUUUUGUUUAAAUAUUCGUACAAAUGUGCCCGUUAAAAUGAUUGCGUGUUUUGAUGGUAGUAAUUCCCCUCCAGUUUGUCGAAUCAGAACCGCGGAGUUGAUCGGAUACGAGUUUGUAUCAGAAUUGACAGUAGUGCGAGCACUUUAAAAGUAUACCGGAUUUUAAAAAUGAUUUUGUACAAAAAAUCAUACCUAAUUUCCUUGCUAAUUCUUUGGAUAAACUUACUCUACUGCAUUUGUGACAAUGUUAUUAAAAAAGAAACAGAAAGUACGCUUGAAAAACUUGUAAAACUUUUUACAGAGCCCGGAGCAUUUAAACGUGUCGGUGAAAUCCUCGGAGAAAAUUCUAUUGAAUCAGUGACAUGUGCCAACGGUGACGAGGGUCUUGAUUGUAGAAGAGCCGAAGCAAGAAGAUCUGUCGAUUGUCCUGACGGUGACUGCUACUGCUACAAUUGUUCAUUAGCGGGGCCAGAACUAUGGGCAUCCUGCUGCCGUGAAAGCUCAAAAUGUUGCUCUUAUUUGGCGGCAGCUUGUCGCAACUGCGACCAGCCUUCGCUGUUUUCUUUUUGCUCAAAGCAUUUCAAAAAAUGCUUAAAUGAAUUGAGAGAGAGUGACACGGCGACGACUACCAGCGGUACCCCGACUAUGUAAACUGGAUGUAUCAAUGUUAUGUGUAAUCUGUAGACUGUAGACGGUACACACAGUGAAAAUUAUUAAUUCCCGCUGGUAAUCACAUGUCGAAAGCACCUUGAUUAAAUGCAGUUGCAUAAUGACGGUUAGUCUGAAUUUCCAUAUAUGUUUGCACCAUCUUGCUUGACUGGUGUUACCUGGAAAUUUCACUCGGUUGGCGAGAUAUUGCAUUAAUUAUUUUUUUAAUCUUAAUAUUCAGCUACCAACUAAUUAAUUUAACUUCUUUCUACUAUUUUAAUUAUAAUUUUAAACUAAG